AUGGAAGAACUGUUGCUUUUGGGCAGCUUCGCGUUAGAAUCCCUCCUCGAAGGAGAGUCGUACUUUGUAAAGGACGAAGAUACCGUCAAACUUAUCAAUUUUGGAUUCUUGUCUUUUCAACAAGGUGGCACCAAGCGCAAACCUUGCACGCGCUGUGCAUUUUUACACAAAAGCUUUCAGGAGUUUUUUGCUGGCUUUUUCCUUGCGUUUCAGGUUAUCAGCAAAGAAAGAGACUUUACCUCAGUUAUAGAUGAUAAGAGAUACUUGGAUAAACUGAGACAGGUCCUUUUGUUCAUGAGUGGUAUCAUAGCCUCACGGAGUGAGGAAACUGCAAUGUCGUUCUUUAUUGUUAUUGCUAAAAAAAUCAGCUCUGCCCAAGACAGUAAAUCAUAUAUGAGUUUAGCUUGUGAGAGUUUGUUGGAAUGUUCAAGUGUCCAGGACAGCCUUGAAACUCGCCUAGUUUCUAGUUUAGGUAAGCACUUUGACAUGUCGUCCCUGACUAAGGUGAAUUUUGGCGAAACAGGGAUACACGAUGCUGGUGCUGCUGCGAUCUCUAUGGCCCUCACAGUAAACUCCUCCGUGACUAGUUUGGUUUUAAUUUCUAACAGUAUUGGUAGCGCCGGUGCUUCUUCUCUUUCUCAAGCCCUCACAGCAAACUCCUCCCUGACUAGUUUGAAUUUAGGUGGUAACAGUAUUGGCGACGCCGGUGCUUCUUCUCUUUCUCAAGCCCUCACAGCAAACUCCUCCCUGACUAGUUUGGAUUUAGUUUUAAACAGUAUUGGCGACGCCGGUGCUUCUUCUCUUUCUCAAGCCCUCACAGCAAACUCCUCCCUGACUAGUUUGGAUUUAGGUGGUAACAGUAUUGGCGACGCCGGUGUUUCUUCUCUUUCUCAAGCCCUCACAGCAAACUCAUCUCUGACCAGUUUGGAUUUAGGUGGUAACAGUAUUGGCUACGCCGGUGUUUCUUCUCUUUCUCAAGCCCUCACAGCAAACUCCUCCCUGACUAGUUUGAAUUUAGGUGGUAACAGUAUUAUUGGCCAGGCCGGUGCUUGUUCUCUUUCUCAAGCCCUCACAGCAAACUCCUCCCUGACUAGUUUGGAUUUAGGUGGUAACAUUAUUGGCGACGCCGGUGUCUCUGCUCUUUCUCAAGCCCUCACAGCAAACUCCCCCCUGACUAGUUUGAUUUUAGGUCAUAACAGUAUUGGCGACGCCGGUGCUUCUUCUCUUUUUCAAGCCCUCACAGCAAACUCCUCCCUGUGUAGUUUGGAUUUAAAUUUAAACAGUAUUGGCGACGCCGGUGCUUUUUCUCUUUCUCAAGCCCUCACAGCAAACUCCUCCCUGACUAGUUUGGAUUUAGGUUUAAACAGUAUUGGCGACGCCGGUGCUUUUUCUCUUUCUCAAGCCCUCACAGCAAACUCCUCCCUGACUAGUUUGGAUUUAGGUUUGAACAGUAUUAGCGACGCCGGUGCUUUUUCUCUUUCUCAAGCCCUCACAGCAAACUCCUCCCUGACUGGUUUGGAUUUACGUUAG